ACCUCACAAUACUGAUCAUGAUUUGCAGGGAAAUUCUUUCUAAGUGUAUCCAGUGAUUACAGACAGAGCAUCUCAAUGUUCAACUUAAUGCUUAAAGUAGCAAUGAAAGAAGUGUUCAUUGUGAAAUGAACAAAUGCUUGUGAAGUGUAGAAUCCAGUGCUUGGAUUGGAUUAUGGCUAAUAGGACUAAAGGUAAGCUUAACCUGGAUAAGGUGGCUGAAUUUCUUGAAGCUUUUAAUAAGUCAGUAUUCUAAUUUUAAAAACAGUGGGGAAGAGUGGGCCCUACAUGAGACAGAUUUUCAAAAGUUACUGGCUGAGUUGGCAGCAAAAGUAGACUUAGGUAGGUUGUAAGCUUUGCUUUUCUUCAGUGAAAGGAAUAGUUUUAAUUUCUCUUUAUGAGUGGUGUGGGAGGGGAAGAGCAAGGAAGGUUUUCUCAGAUUUUGUUUGGUUUAUGUUCAGUAGACUUUUGGCUCUUGUUUACUUUAAGUGAAUGUUGGGCCCCUCAGAUCUGGUGUGUUUCUGAAGCAAGUUUGUUGGCAGCACUUCAGACCAAAUGUUGGUCUGCAACACUGAAUAUUCUGACAUUAAAACUGGAAAUUAUUUUUCCAAGAACAAAAUUAUUAUAUUGAAUUUGAAGAUAUGUGUAUGGUUGCAGACAUGCCUGAAGUUUUAGAAAAAAAAAAGGUUUUGCUGCAGCUGUGUAAUGAGCCCAGGUCCAAGGUCAGUGUGCACCAAAUAAAAUCUUCAAAUAUACUGAGAUCCUGCCAGAGCUACAGUUUGAAGCUGACAUCGGACUUGAAGUAAAAACUUAUAUACAAAAAAUAUUUAAAUAAUUUUAUAGAGGUGUAUUGAUAAUUCUUCUGUUUUCAAGAUUAAGCUAUCAUUGAUAGCUACCAAUGUAAAAGGUAUUUAAGUUACAGUAUUCCAAUGCCCAUGGAAGUAUUGCAUAUGGAAAAAUCUUGGUUUGCUUUUUUAUUUAAUAGUGGUAAACAUAAAGGUCUUUCAAAACCUACUUUCUGGGGCAGGUAAUUUGAAGAGGUAAAACACUUGUGAGUGGUCACAUGUACUAUGCUUAGGACAUCUGGAGAUACAAAUGUCAGUAGGGUCAACAUCUGGGUAAACAUUUGCUCCCAUUUCAGGCUGUAGCUGCGUGUGAUUGUCAGGAUUUGCCUCACCUCAGGGGAGGAGUUCCUUGGGAGAAAUUGUUCUUGAGCACAAGAAGCUAAAGUUCAGAACAAUGGCUAAAACAGCGUGAAAAGAUUAUUACAGAACCAAUUUAAGCUUCCCUGUCUGCUGCUUCUGUAGCAAACAGGAAUAUAUUUACUUGAACUGCUUUUCAGAGAAUUGCACAGUUUCUAGUCAUAGUGAAGAGGUGUCUUUUAAGUUUUGACAGUCUGAUUUUUUAUUUUUUUCCCCAGGGAGGGGGAAAGAGGUCUCUUCAUUUAAAACAUAAAUGGAACCUCUGCACUUGCAUAGGUUCUGCCCUAAACCUUGUGUUUUGGGUAUAUUAUCAUUCAGAUGUUGAAUUGAAAACCAUCCUUGCAUCAAAUAGCCCACCCAAAGUCUAUUUCUUCCUAUGACUGUAUUUUGCUAUUAUAUCCCUUUUUUAAAGAAACAUAAAUACUGGAGAUGGCCUCAUUGCUUUGUGUCCACCAGACUAAUGGCUGAAGAUGUCAGUCUUUGUGGCAUUUAACAGGUUUGAAGUUGAGUCCCUAAGUUUUACAGAGCAAAACAUGAUAAAUGAGUGAGAUGAGCCCUCUGGGAGUUCUCUUCACUUUGGAAGAAAUUCUCUAUUGAACUUUGUUUAUUCCCUUGCAGUGGGGGAGGCUGCUGGCUCACUGGUACUGCUGUAAUGGCAAUACAGGGAACAUGAACACACACACACCUGUGAUUGCUUUUAUACAAACCAUUAAAAAAUGAGGACACUGAAGAUGGACUGCAAGAGUGGUUCUGGUACUUAGAUCUCAGCACCACAACUCCACCACCGUAAAUGUGUGGUAAAGGUGUGUCUCUCUGUAGUCAAAUGCUUUUUAAAAAAACUGUUUCUUAUUUUGACACAUUAGUGUUCAGCCAACAUUGUUACCAUCCAUUUUACUUUGCUUUCAUUAUUGUUUUUAAAUUAAUAUAUUUGAGUUUAAGUCCACAUAGACUAUGUUGCAAUAACUAGAAUGAUUUUAUUUAGAAUUAAUUUCUUAACAAUUUAAUCAAAGAUGCAGAAUGGCUGUUAAGUUAAGGGACCAUUAAAUGUGAUUUUAAGGUUCUGUUGACUAUUAUGGAUGUAAUCCUUAUAGUAAAUUUAAUUUUGUAAAGUAGUGUAUAAUAUUGUAAUAUUAAAUCUUUGUUCUCUGAACUCAAAGAUUUGAUCUUCAGUAUGAAGUUAUAAAUCUUCCCCCUUCUGAAUUUGAGACAGGAUUUACUUGUCCUCCUUUUUACAGUUUGUAAUUUUCACUGUUUUAUUCCUGUAAAAAGUCAUUUAUAACACAUGCAAAUGCUUAUUUUAUCUGUGCUAAUUUAUCAGAUUUGGCUACUCAAUAAAAUUAAUUGAAAGAACUCAUGCCAGUCCAUCACUUUUUUCUUAUAAAUAAAAGUAGAACAAUGUAUUUAAUUGAGAGAAAUACCACGUUGGUCACAGGAGCUAGCUGACAGUGAUGGUUGGAAUUUAGCCUUCAGCAGCAUUCCAAGAUGCUGAUCAAUUUUAUUUUAGGUAAUCCUGUAUCUUCAUUGAACAUCCCAUUAUUUCAGCAGCUUUUUUUUGUAAAAGCCAUUCCAUCUUAACGCUUGCAAAUUUUUUUGAGAUGUUGUCACUGCUGCCUCUGGCCCAUUAUAGAUGAGCUAACGCAUGAGCUUGGAACUGACUUUUGUAUUUAACUAAAAUACAGAAUUCUCUCAUUCAGUGUGGUAGGAAUAUGAAUUGGAUUUGCCAGCUGUUUUCUUCCCAAUGCACACAGCACUGUGCUGCUGACUCCAGCACUGCAGCAGGGCUCCGGGGCUCUGGGAUCUCCCGUUCCCGGGCAGGGCCCUGCAGCCCGGCCGUGCCAGGCGCUGCUGCUGACGGGACCCCGCGGCUGAGGCAAGAGUAACGUGGCACCUUCAUCACCUGGCACACGAGGAGAGGUUUAGUGCCCACAAAGAUGAAUACUGCGCCAGCUGGAUCUUACUGGAAAGAAGUCAGGUCCUCGUUCUAUAAUGCCAGUGGCUCUGGCGGCCUGGAGCGGUGCUGUCUGUUGGCGUUUCCUCAGUGUGCCCCGCCAGUCCUGCAGCGGUACAGUGCCAGGCUCGCAGGCUCUCCCGCGUAUGCAGCGGGCCAGCCCCGCGCUGCCUCGGGGUGUCCCCGUCACCCGGGUCCCCUCAGCGCCACCAUCGCGCCUUCCCGGCCUCGCGCCGUGACACCACUUUUGAGGCCGGCGCGGCCAUCUUUAGUGCGGGCGCCGCGCCGUUAGAGAGGGGCGCGCGGAGGUCUCUCCCAGCGCUCCCCGCCCUUCUCCUGCCCCUACAAAAAAUGGCGGCGCCUUCUUCAGCGGCUGGAGGCGGGCGGUGCUGGCGCCUGCGCGCUGGGCGGGGCGGGCCCGUGGUGCCGGGCCUGCGGUGCCGGGGAUGGCGGACGGCGGCGCGGGAGCGGAGCCCACACCGCCGGGGCCCCCCGCGGGGCUCUCGGCGUCCCAGCGCCGCGCAGAGCUGCGCCGCAGGAAGCUGCUCAUGAACUCGGAGGAGCGGAUCAACCGCAUCAUGGGCUUCCACCGACCCGCGGCGGGCAAGGAUGACGAAAGUCACACAGAAUUGAAGCUUCAGCACGAGCAAGAUAAAUCAAACUCCCUUCCCAUUCCUUCAGUUUCCAAGCGGAUUGUGCUUGGUGAUUCUAUGUGUAAUGUGACGGGCUCGGCCGAUCACGCAGGCAGCAUGGCAGAGCUCAGAGGGGACAAGGACUUGUUUGGCAAAGCCCCAGAGCUGGUCACCGAGGGGACGGGCGAGCUCCGUCAGCGUCACCGGGGAGAGCUGCCCUCCGAGGCUGCGGCACGGCCACCCAGGCACGGCUUGGAGCAGUACCUGUCCAGGUUUGAUGAAGCUCUGAAGCUGAGGAACCAGCUGAUGAGUGAGAAGCCAAGCCAGGAGAACGGGAAUGCGGCGGAGGAGUUUGACUCUUUCCGCAUUUUCCGAUUGGUGGGGUGUGCUCUGCUCGCCAUCGCCGUCAGGGCUUUUGUGUGCAAGUACCUGUCAAUAUUUGCACCAUUUCUUACUCUACAACUUGCUUACAUGGGACUGUCCAAGUACUUUCCAAAGUGUGAGAAGAAGGUGAAAACAACAGUACUGACUGCUGCUCUUCUCCUCUCUGGAAUCCCUGCAGAAGUGAUCAGUCGCUCCAUGGACACCUACAGCAAAAUGGGAGAUGUUUUCACAGACCUUUGUGUCUAUUUCUUUACUUUUAUCUUUUGCCAUGAACUUACUUUGGUUUUUGGCUCUGAAGCACCAUGACGGCUGUAGAAUUCCACACAGUAGCUACACUAAAGCUUUCUGGACUGUGUUCCUUUUAACAUUUGACUGUGCAGGCAGGUCUAAACCUUCAUUAAAAUUCUUACCUGUGGGAAUGAUUGAAAGGGGCCUUAAAUCCAGUAAUUUUGGGAAAGGGAGAGCAGGGUCCCUGACUGCCAGUUGUGUUGGUUCAGUUUACUUAAAUACUGUGUCUGCAUAUUACAAAUGUGAAGGUUAGGAUGCAAGUGACAGUGGAUGAUUUACUUGUUUUAGUUAGAUGAUGCCCUUCUCAGCCUCCUUCAUAAACAUUUACAAAGCUGCCUUUGUUUUUUUCAGUGAGAACAAGAAGAGAAUUCCCUUCAGCAGAACCAUAUAUAUAUGUGUAUAUCCUGUAUGACUAUAGCUAACAAGACCUGCUCAUUUUGUGGUGUUCCCAUUUUUUAAAGAAAGCUCAAAAGAAAAGAAAUCCCUGUAUUCUCUUCAAAUGUUCACGUUCAGAAUGUUGAACUAAGUAGCUGCUUCUGGAGAAUGUUGGUGAAACUUGCCACUUUGUUGUCCUUAUCCUUGCCUUGCCAUACAUUACUUGUUGUGAUUGUGAUUAAUUUAAUUUGAUUAUUGUUGUGGAAAAGAGCUAGGCAAAACCAACAAGCAGGUGGUCCUGGUGCUUAUAAAGGUCAUUAAUCAAAAAGUAAGAAGAAAGACAACUAAUCACAUCUGUUUAUGAGUUUCCAGCAACCUAAUCCUAGUGCAGUUCACAUCUGUGCUUUCUGAUACUUUUUUUUUAUAUUAACAGUUAUCUUAUGUUCUCAGUAGGAGAAUUUUACAUAUUGGCACCCAACCUGCAGUAUUGAAUCUUUGCUCUAGUGUUUGUAAAACUUACAAGGGAAACAGUUUUGUUUUCAAUCUCUUAGGAAUUUUGCACAGUGAGAGGAAGUGUCAUUCCAAAUAGUCAAUUUAAACACUGAUACAUCUCUGAAAAUCUCUAUUGAAGCUAAAUUUGGUAGUUUUUCAGGUUGUAGUUUUCUGUUUAAAAUCUGGACUUUGAGGUAGUAUAGGCUGUUGCCUAUUUUUAGCAUGAUAAACCACAUACUUACCUUGGUAUUUGCCUGCAGAGGUUUUUUUAGGGAGCAGAUGUGUUUAAUCGUACCUCUCUAAAUGGCCCAGCUUUCAGCUGAUUAUUCUCUGUCAAAGCUUCCUCCUGUAAUUUUAGUGAUGCAUUUCUGACUUUUAAAUUAGGUACAUGUUUGUGGCUUCCAUACAAGAACCUUAUGUUUUGAUUUGACCAUUUUCAUGGGGUUUUUUUAACUGGUUGUUAUGGUGAGUAUUAUAUUACAGAUGUACAGGGCUGGGUUGCAGAAAAUUCUGACUUAGGUUUGUUAGCACAGAUAUUGAUUCAGCAGCUUUAAGUUUAUUUAUAUUAGGUAGUCAUUUCAGAAAAUUGAAAUUACAGUAAUUUAAGAUAAGGUUGAGAUAUGUAAAUAAUGAGUUUGCUCAAAAAUUACUUGUUCUGAUUCUCUAUUUAUAUGCCCAAAUGUAAUACAAAUAAAUUGGAAAAAAAUCCCUAUACCAGUACCUGCAAAAAACUAUGAAUUUUUAAUCCUCACCAUUAAUCAGGUAAAUACCCUUGCAUGGGCAGAGCACCAGGAGGGCUUGUGCUUAAUUAAGAAAUCUCGAUGAAGAAAUGGCGAUCAAGAAACGACCUUUGACCAAGAAACCAAUCUCUUCUUUGAUUCCGUUUUUAACUUACCUCUGUUAGUGUACAUAAUUCUGUUUCAUGUUUAUUGCCGAUUGUUUUCUAUUAAAAGUCUGUUUGUUACC